AUGCAAAUCUUCGUGAAAACUCUCACCGGCAAGACCAUUACUCUCGAAGUCGAGGCCUCUGACACCAUCGAAAAUGUGAAGACAAAAAUCCAGGACAAGGAAGGCAUCCCACCAGACCAACAGCGUCUUAUCUUCGCCGGCAAACAACUCGAAGACGGGCGCACUCUGUCUGACUACAACAUUCAGAAAGAGUCUACCCUCCACUUGGUGCUUCGUCUACGUGGAGGAAUGCAAAUUUUUGUCAAGACUCUGACUGGCAAGACCAUCACCCUUGAAGUAGAAGCAUCUGACACUAUUGAAAAUGUAAAAACCAAGAUUCAGGACAAGGAAGGGAUCCCACCAGACCAGCAAAGGCUUAUUUUUGCUGGAAAGCAACUCGAGGAUGGCCGCACUCUGUCUGACUACAAUAUCCAAAAGGAGUCUACCCUCCACUUGGUGCUUCGUCUACGUGGAGGAAUGCAAAUUUUUGUCAAGACUCUUACUGGCAAGACCAUCACCCUUGAAGUUGAAGCUUCUGACACCAUUGAAAAUGUGAAAACCAAGAUUCAGGAUAAGGAAGGGAUCCCACCAGACCAGCAAAGGCUUAUUUUUGCUGGAAAGCAACUCGAGGAUGGCCGCACUCUGUCUGACUAUAACAUCCAAAAGGAGUCUACCCUUCACUUGGUGCUUCGUCUGCGUGGAGGAAUGCAAAUUUUUGUCAAGACUCUGACUGGCAAGACCAUCACUCUUGAGGUUGAGGCUAGCGAUACAAUUGAAAAUGUGAAGACCAAGAUUCAGGACAAGGAAGGGAUCCCACCAGACCAGCAAAGGCUUAUUUUUGCUGGAAAGCAACUCGAAGAUGGCCGCACUCUGUCCGACUACAAUAUCCAAAAGGAGUCUACCCUCCACUUGGUGCUUCGUCUACGUGGAGGAAUGCAAAUUUUUGUCAAGACUCUGACAGGCAAGACCAUCACUCUUGAGGUUGAGGCUAGCGACACUAUUGAAAAUGUGAAAACCAAGAUCCAGGAUAAAGAAGGAAUCCCACCAGAUCAGCAACGUCUUAUCUUUGCUGGAAAGCAACUCGAAGAUGGGCGCACUCUGUCUGACUAUAACAUCCAGAAGGAGUCCACCCUUCACCUGGUUCUCCGUCUCCGUGGUGGAUACUAACUAAACUUCAGUAUGACAUGCUUACUUAACACUUGCAUGUACUUGUGUUUUGUUAUGUAGCUUGUACUGUAGUAUACAUGUAGUAUCAACGAUUGCAACAUA